GGGUCGGCAACACCAGAGCCGCGCGACGCCGCCGUCCUGGAGCGCUUUCUCCACAGCACCGCCCGCAGCCGGACCACGCGUUCCCGCAGCCUCGCGCCUUUCCCUCGCGGACGCCGGACGAUUGGGGCGGCAGCAACUUGCCAUUUCCUUUUUUUAUUAGAAUUAUUUUUCCUGCCUGUUGUUGGUUUUUGUUUUUGUUUUUGUUUUACGGUUUUUAUUUAGCGGAGAAAAACCCACCGAAGGCGUUUGCGUGACGUUUCAGGGAUACAGGAGCGGAGACCACCGAGGCAGCCGCGCGGGCCGGUGCACCGCCAAGGACAAAAGGAGCCCAGUGUUUACCGCUGCACCCUCUCUUCCUCCCGGUGCCAGCAUGAAGAAGGCCGAAAUGGGAAGAUUCAAUAUUUCCCCGGAUGAGGACAGCAGCAGCUACAGCUCCAACAGCGAUUUCAACUAUUCCUACCCCACCAAGCAAGCUGCUCUGAAAAGCCAUUAUGCAGAUGUAGAUCCUGAAAACCAGAACUUUUUACUUGAAUCAAAUCUGGGGAAGAAGAAGUAUGAAACAGACUUUCAUCCAGGUACUACUUCCUUUGGAAUGUCAGUAUUUAAUCUGAGCAAUGCGAUUGUGGGCAGUGGAAUCCUUGGGCUUUCUUAUGCCAUGGCUAAUACUGGAAUUGCUCUUUUUAUAAUCCUCCUGACAUUUGUGUCAAUAUUUUCCCUGUAUUCUGUUCAUCUCCUUCUGAAAACUGCCAAUGAAGGAGGGUCUUUAUUAUACGAACAGUUGGGACAUAAAGCAUUUGGAUUAGUUGGAAAGCUUGCAGCCUCUGGAUCGAUUACAAUGCAGAACAUUGGAGCUAUGUCAAGCUACCUCUUCAUAGUGAAAUAUGAGUUACCUUUGGUGAUCCAGGCAUUAAUGAACAUUGAAGAUACAACUGGAUUGUGGUAUCUGAAUGGUGACUAUUUGGUUUUGCUGGUAUCGCUGGUGCUCAUUCUUCCUUUGUCCCUGCUGAGAAAUUUAGGAUAUUUGGGAUAUACCAGUGGCCUUUCCUUAUUGUGUAUGAUGUUCUUCCUGAUUGUGGUGAUUUGCAAGAAAUUUCAGAUUCCUUGCCCUGUGGAAGUUGGCUUGAUAAUUAAUGAGACACUAAACAACACCUUAACCCAGCCGACGGCUUUUGCACCUGAGAUGGUAUUUAAUAUGACGGAUGAUGAUUCUUGCAGACCACGUUAUUUUAUCUUCAACUCACAGACUGUCUACGCUGUUCCAAUUUUGACCUUUUCAUUUGUCUGUCAUCCUGCUAUCCUUCCCAUUUACGAAGAACUCAAAGGCCGCAGCCGUAGAAGAAUGAUGAAUGUGUCCAAGAUUUCAUUUUUCGCCAUGUUUCUCAUGUACCUGCUUGCUGCCCUCUUUGGAUACCUGACAUUUUAUGAACACGUUGAAUCAGAGUUGCUUCAUACCUACUCUACAGUCAUGGGAACUGAUAUUCUUCUUCUCAUUGUUCGUUUGGCUGUGCUAGUGGCUGUCACCCUGACGGUACCAGUAGUCAUCUUCCCAAUCCGGAGUUCUAUAACUCACCUGCUGUGUGCAACAAAAGAUUUCAGUUGGUGGCGUCAUAGUAUCAUAACCGUGUCUAUCCUGGCAUUUACCAAUUUGCUUGUCAUCUUUGUCCCAACAAUUAGAGAUAUCUUUGGUUUCAUCGGGGCGUCUGCAGCUGCUAUGUUGAUCUUUAUUCUGCCGUCUGCCUUUUACAUCAAGUUAGUGAAGAAAGAACCUAUGAAAUCUGUACAAAAAAUCGGGGCUGUGUUCUUCCUGUUAAGUGGCAUAGUGGUGAUGACCGGAAGCAUGGCCUUGAUUGUUCUGGAUUGGGUACACGAUGCCCACGAAGGUGGCCAUUAACUGGUGCCGCUGAAACCCCGCUAGUCCACUUGAUGCCAGUGUUGAGUCAACUCUCAACUUACUAUGAAAUUUCACCUAAUGUUUUCAGUUUCACUUCCUUUUGAAGUGCAGAUUCCUCGCUGGUUCUUCUGAGUGCAGAAUAAGUGAACUUUUUUUUUUUCUUUUUAAAGAAACUAUUCUGUAUGAUAGAAACGGAUAUGAACAACCAAACCACGAGUCUCGGGUUAAUGGAAGUGACUGACAAUUUUAUUCCAUUCCAGAGAAUGGACGAACUCUUUAACUUUUAUCAAGCCACAUGGUUGGCUGCGUCAUUGUUUAACUUGGAUAUUUUAUGAUUUUACUUGAAUGUGCCUAAUGGAACCAUUCGAUGUGAGAAACAAUUCUUAUUAAUUUACAGCAAAGUAUUGAAAUAACCAUUGAGAAAAACACUAUUAUUUUUUGUACCAAAAAUAUUUUAAGACCUCAGAAGCACUAUUUUACUUUUAAAGAAAGUUGCUUUCUUUUUAAACUUUAUCCAAAAAACAAUUGUCAACAAAUUCCAUAAGAAAAAAAAAACCAUUGGUGUUUAAAAACAAAUAUUAGUAUUGUGAAAUGAUUUGCCUUUUUGUAGGCAUAAUAAGCCAAAUACUUUUUUUAACCCAAAAAAAUUUUUAGAGAAAAUGAUGUAACGACAAAUUGUACCAUGAAUAGGAGCAUAGUUUUUUCUAUCCAGACUUCACCAUUAAAGAAUAACUGAUUGAUUAUAUUGCUAUACCAAAUCAGAUGAACUCGUUCAUCACUUUUCUUCUCUGGCCCCAAAUAAUUUACUUCAUUCAGACUGAAAUACUUAUGGCUUCAAUCUAUUAGAAUGGAAGAUACAAAGCAGUGGGAAGUAAAAUAACUAAUUUUGAGGUACCAAAUAGUGCAAUUGGGUAAAACAGGGUUUAUUCAGUUGCAUCUGUCUCCAGAGCUGUAUUGACAGCUCUGGGGGGUUUUUUUGGUUUUUGUUUUGUUUUGUUUUGUUUUGGGCCAGCCCUUUUUUUGACAUUGCUUCCAGCAGUGGGAAAUGGGCAUUUGAUGGCUAUAGGCCAAAACUACUCUAUCCAGAGAGUACAACUUAUUGCAAUGUUCAUCUACUGCUGGAAGUGGGAAUUACUUGAUAAUGUAUGGCUUAGUUGUGUUCUUGUUUUGUCUACAGUAGAGGUCUAAUUCACAGGUUACACCGGUAUUUGGUAUAAGUUCUCUUCAGACAGGCCACUGGGUUUUCUCAUGCAGUAAGUUUUUAAAAUUCCUUUGCACUGGAUUGUCAUCUCAUUCUUGUACAACACAGAAUUAUUUGUUUACAUCCAGCAAAUGGUUAGCUAGGGAAAACAGUGCAUCCUGAGUGUAAGUAGUUGGUCCAACUGCAUGUUCACCCUUCCAUUUCAGUGCCAGUUAGAAGUUAAAAAAUCACGUGGCUUUAAGAGCACAUUUAUUGUACGUUAUGGUAUAUGGUGAAUAUAUUAAAUAAUGUGGUACUUUGCUCAUCAGACAUCAUGUCUAAUAUCUAAUACACAUAAUUCCAUUAGUGGUUGAGGGAAGCAAAUAAUGGAAUCAUCAAUUGGUCCUCUGGCUCUAAGGUUUCCUCUUAAACUAAGCAUUUUUAGUUUUAGGUAGGGGCCAGAAACAUGGCAGACAUGGUUUUUGUUACACAUUCUUGUAUUAUAUGUGGCUAAAUUACAGACAGGAUAUGUCUGUGAAGACCCUCGUGGAACUGGAAGACGUCUUGUAGUGCUACAUCGGGUGAGACCAAUGGUCCAUUUGUGUUCUACAAAAAUAACGUGAUUGGGGACCAUCCAGAAAGGCAGUGAAAAGGUGGAUUCUUCGGCGCUGCUUUCAUUUAAUUGGGUUUUAGCACUCACUCCCUUCAGAUCCAGAACCUCACCUCUAGUUCAGACCGAGAAUUGGCACUUCUCCUUGAGUUCCUGGAAGAAUUGCUGAUUUCAUACCUGAGACCUGCCAGGAAGUACCAAGUAGAAUUGUUUUCUACAGUUUACAUCCUUUCAUGCAGGAGAAACUACCGUGGCAACCAGGAAGGAACAGAAAAAAGGAAUUUUCUUCUCACAGCAAAUUGACAGUGGGGAGGCUCGUUCAAUCCUCUUUUGACUGUUGGAAGUUCAAAACAAACUGCCUAGGGUAAAUUCCAUUGCAUGGUUUUCUUGGAGCUAUCUUGUCUGCCCUGAGGUUCCUAAAACAGUGAAUUCCCAUUAAUGAGCAGUCUUCAGUAUUAAAACCACUGUCUUGUCACCUCAUUUUGCAUUACUGUCUUCCGUGGAUGUUUCAGUUAUAACUGUAAUGUUAUUUAUAGAACAGCAUUAAUCCAUUAAAGCUAACCUAUUUUUCAAUAUUUAUGAUAAUCUGUACAUACAUUGUCUGUCCAUAUGUAUUUGUAAUAUAUAAUGUAUAUAAUAUCAGGUUUGGGUCUUGGGUUCAAGUGUAUAUAUUCCUGUAAGUUUCUUAACUGCAUUUUGAUGAACUCACAUGUAUCUAUAAGAAUUGUCCCAAAAAGUACCUGUACAGAGAUUUCAAUAUAAACAAAUUGACUAAUUAUGUAAACACUAAGAAUUUAAAAUAUUGUUUAAAUUGUAUUUGCAAUAAACAGACUGGAUGAACAUCACAUUUUUUUUCAUGAAAACUUGGUGCAACUUCAGAUCUCUUAUUUAAAAUUUAAAUAAGGUCUAAUUUUCAAAAUGCAGUAGUUUCAAAAUGUGAUCUAGUGUAAUGAAACCAAAUGUGAUCUAAUGUAAUGAAAGAUCUUUGAGAACCUGGGUGUGUUAGCUUUCUGUAUAUAGUGUAAAUACCGCCCCCCCCCCCACUGUACUGUUAGAGGCCAGCGGUUCCAAUAGGACUUGUUGGCAAAGAGUGCUACACCGUUUCAAUGAAACAAUGUAUGUUUUAACUGAACUAAAAUAAAUAUAUGCUUAAUCCUGA